GCCAGCCUCCCUAUCACCGGUCAGAUUGCACGCACAUGGUCCUUCACAGUGAUCUUUUCCGCGUCAACAUGGCGGCAUCCAUCGUAUCCCAGACUGUAGCGAGAGGACUACGUAGAGCAAGCGCCAAGCACUUGUUCCUUGACAAAUUCAAGUGUGCACAGGUGAGUUCCAGGCGAUGGCUGAACCUGCAGGAGUAUCAGAGCAAGAAGCUGAUGCAGGAGAGUGGGGUUACAGUCCAGCGCUUCUACGUGGCUGACAAUGCCCCCGACGCCCUGCAGGCUGCCAAGAGACUCGGUGCCAAGGAGAUAGUCCUGAAGGCCCAGAUUCUGGCUGGGGGACGAGGGAAGGGCGUGUUCGACAGUGGCCUUAAAGGUGGAGUGCACUUAACUAAAGACCCCUCGGUGGUGGGUGAGCUGGCCAAUAGGAUGCUAGGUUAUAGCCUGACCACCAAGCAGACUCCAAAGGAGGGAGUGAAAGUAAAAACGGUGAUGGUGGCUGAAGCCCUGGACAUCACCAGGGAAACCUACUUUGCCAUCCUGAUGGACCGGGCCUGCAACGGGCCUGUCAUGGUGGGCAGUCCUCAGGGUGGGAUGGACAUAGAGGAGGUGGCCGACAAAACCCCAGAGCUCAUAUUUAAGGAAGUCAUAGAUAUAUUCGAGGGGGUGCGAGACGACCAGGCGGUCCGCAUGGCAGCUAAUUUGGGUUUCAAAGGACCUCUGGAGAGACAGGCUGCAGAUCAGAUUAAGAGGCUCUAUGAUCUGUUCCUGAAAGUCGACGCCACUCAAGUUGAAGUCAAUCCUCUCGGAGAGACUCCCGAAGGACAAGUGGUGUGCUUUGAUGCCAAGAUCAAUUUUGACGAUAACGCAGAGUUCCGUCAGAAAGCCGUCUUUGCCCUGGACGACAUGUCAGAGAGCGAUCCCACCGAGACGGAGGCAGCCAAAUGGGACCUCAAGUACAUCGGCUUGGAUGGAAACAUCGCCUGCUUUGUGAAUGGGGCUGGUCUGGCUAUGGCCACGUGUGAUAUCAUCGACCUCCAUGGAGGGAAGCCGGCCAACUUCCUGGACCUAGGAGGAGGGGUGAAGGAGAAGCAGGUGUACGAGGCAUUCAAACUGCUCACUGCUGACCCGAAGGUGGAAGCCAUCCUGGUGAACAUCUUCGGGGGCAUCGUCAACUGUGCCAUCAUUGCCAACGGUAUCACCAAGGCUUGCCGUGAGCUGGAGCUCAAAGUUCCCCUGGUUGUCAGGCUGGAAGGGACCAAUGUGCAGGAGGCCAAGAGGAUCCUGUCAGAGAGUGGACUGCCCAUUGUAGCCGCCAACGACCUGGAAGACGCUGCCAAGAAAGCUGUGGCUGCCAUUGCCAAGAAGUAGUGGCCCUCAAGCCUUCCAUAAUCCUGACCAGCCCUUUCGUUCUGAGCACCCUGUUCCCCCUCCUCAGUCCACCACAGGGCAGGUACACCAACCCUUCAUCGAACCUUUCACCUUCCUGUCUUAUCAUGAUUAACUGCAAUAUUUAUGUUGGUGCUCCAUUAGGAAAUUGGCAUCCUGGCUCUUUACUUGUGCAUUCCAUUUUGAUAGGCUGAGAAACGUAACUGUGUUUCUCCAGCUAUAUGAUUACCUUUCCAUAGACACAAGCAUACAAUGACAUUAUUGUUUUAUCAAACCAUAUAACACAAAAUGAUAGACAUUGACUUAAUAAACUAAAUGGCAGGUUCCAGACUGCAUUUUCAUAUGCCAUUACCAUCACUGUGAAAUCAUUAGAAAACUAUAACUUUAUUCAGGAAAUGCUCUGUGGUGUGUAGCUAACGUGGUACACCUGGAGUAUUAGAAAUCAGUAUUUGAUGUGUUUUGUUUGUGUUAUCUUUGAGUUGUAGUAGGUGACCUCACGGGUUUGCCUUGGUUGAAGUCCAGUUUAUUGAUGCCUUAAUCAGAGCUCCUUGGUAUGUGAAAUCGCAACACAUGGGUCACUCUAAAUCUCAGACUACAUGAUGAGUGUUGUGUUUGAAACAACUUCAAACACAACGUUGAAGUCAUUCCACAUGGAUGUUGACUCCAAUGCUUCCCACAGUUGUGCCAAGUUGGCUGGAUGUCUUUUCGCUGGUGAACCUUUCUUGAUACACAUGGGAAACACUUUUUUUUGUUUACAUGAUUCCAUAUGUGUUAUUUCAUAGUUUUGAUGUUAUUCUACAAUGUAGAAAAUAGUCAAAAUAAAGAAACCCUUGAAUGAGUAGGUGUGUCCAAACUUUUGACUGGUACUGUACCUUUUGAUCAUUCAUCUGUGCCAACUUCACGAGGCCAACCAGCCAACACUCUGUCACAUGGCCAAUGUGUUAGAUAUUGUUUAAACAAAACACCAUUGUAAUUUCCUUUGAAUGAAUGUUUGUCGACCCAUUGAGAUUAGGUCAACUGCACAGUAUGAAUCAUUUGAGAGCUUAAUGAAGGUGACUAUUUCAUAAA